GCUCCUUUCUGGGGCCGGCUAAGCGGGCAAAAGUAUGCACCUUGUACACAUCUUUGCCAUUGGCCUUGCACGCGACACGGAUUGACGACUGACUUUUCUGGCAACCGAGUAGAUUUCACACGCCCCACGACCAUAUACACCGAGCUUUGCGCGAACAAAGAGCUCAAGAGCCGCAGACGAGGACAAUGAGCGCGACUCGCGAGAUGACCGCGAUUCCAAGCUCCUGGAGAUGCUGAGGCUGGAUCUGGAGAGCGGGGACAUGGGACUCGAGCAGCGGCUGGAAGAUAUGGGCAUUGAUCCUCAGGAAUACAAGACUCUAUAUGCCAGCCAGCAAAAAGUCAACAAGCGGCAACAAGAACGCGAGCCGCGGACGCGCGAAGAAGCACAGCGCCAAUGGCAAGAACUGCAGAACACACCCGAUCAUUUCGGGCUGCUCAAGGUCUACAAGCGCGCUGGCAUUGAGCCGAUCAAACUCGCAAAAGAACGGGAUAUCACGCUUCCCACGGACAAACCGCCUCUAGAUGCCAAAACCGCAGAGGCCCUCGAGGCCCUGCGCACUCCCAUCAACGUCCGCGCAGUGCACCUCCGCCCGCUGCGCCGCACCCCCGAAUACGGCGUGCCCACCUGCGACCUGCAGCUGCGCACAUACAACAUCCGCAAUCUGCUUCUGUUUUCCGACUUUGCGGUGCGCGCAGCAUACUACAUGGGGCUGUGUGCGCGGGGCCCCAUCCCCCUGCCACGCAUCACAGAGCGCUGGGUGGUUCCGCGGUCCAACUUCAUCUUCAAGAAGUCGCAGGAGAACUUUGAACGCAUCACCAUGCGUCGGCUCAUCCAGAUCCAGGACGGCCAUCCGGACGUUGUCAAGGCGUGGCUGGCGUUUCUGCAUAAACACCAGUAUCACGGCGUCGGAAUGAAGGCGAAUAUCUGGGAGUAUGAGAGCCUCGAGGAUGCGACGAGGGCCGGGUACGAUGCAGGCAAGGAGGGAGAAGAGUACGACAGGAGGAGAGAGGGGCCUGUGCUGAAGAAGGUGCAAGAGAUUUUGGGGCGCGAGGGCUUCAAGGAGGCUAUGAAGGGUCAUGGGAGUGGGGUGGAGAUGCGGCCGUGACAUGGACACGGGGGAACUGACUGUGUGAUGAUAUGAGUAUGUUGUACAUCAUGUUUGAGAGAAUGACAGACACGCGAUGCUGUCUACACGGUUGAACAGACGAAUGAAAC